AGAGCCGGUUACGCUCCCAAGAGGGGGAGAAGGAAAAAACUUCCUGCUGAGAAACUAAUACCACCCUCCAUAGAGGAACGUUCCGCUUGCGCAUGUUUGCAGCAAUCUCGCGCAACGCACUCGCCACGCUUUCGGAAAGACGCGCCAAAUCUUGAAGACUUGCGCUGUACCCUGUUAAUCAUCGUUUUAGCAUUUUUUUUUUUUUUUAUUUGGGAAUUUUUUUUUAUUUAUAAAGCAACAGUCCGCACUCAGAUUACAGCACCACUUCGCUAGUCGACCAAAGAGCUUGCGGGGCUCGACGCAGUCGUGUCGGGAGGUCCCAGGACGGUGGACGUGCGUGCCCUGAGCCUCGAGAUGGUUGCAGCGCGGCUCUGGACGUCGGCCCUGGUCCUGCUGUUGGCCUGCUUUGUACGCGAUGUGUCAGCCGUGGUAAAAGGCUCCGAUGCCACCAAGGGAAUCACGAUUCCCAGGAACAAGUUCCAGGUCCCCGUCGUCUGCUACUACUACGGCUGGGCCAUCAGUCGACCGGCACCGAUGAACUACAAGGUGGAGGAUGUUCCCCUGGACUACUGCACCUUCGUGGUCCUCGCGUUCGCUGGCAUCGACGAUCGCACUUGGGAACUCAAGAGCAUGAUUCCAGAGUAUAAGCAAGAUGAAACAUUGUACAGGAACUUCACCGAUCUGAAGACUCAGCACUUGUUCCUGAAAACAAUGCUCGCCGUUGGUGGCUGGGAUCUAGGCGGCAAGGUGUUUUCUGAUAUGGCGAAAGAGCCCGAAAGAAGAACAAAGUUUGUCAACAGCGCACUGGACUGGAUGCUUCGCUACGGUUUCGACGGCCUCGAGAUCAUCUGGAAGUACCCGGGCUACGAACCUCGGGGUGGAACAUCGGACGACAAGGAAAACUUCGUACAACUGAUUAAGGAAUUGAAGGCAGCUUUCGAUCCCCAUCCCUUGUUCCUGACGGCGGCAGUCCCCGUUGAGGAGAACUACCUGGAGGACGGCUACGACAUUCCACGACUGACACGAAACGUCGAUUGGUUCAAUGUCCUCGCCUACGACCUCCGUGGGCCCUGGAACCGGUUCACGGAUAUGCACAGCAUCCUCUACAAGAGGGCUUCUGAUUCGAGGUUCUUCCAGGGACUGACCAUUUCGGAAGGAAUGAGGCGCCUUGUCAACCUGGGCGCACCAAAGGACAAACUCAUGCUGGGGAUAGCAUUCUACGGAAGAACUUACGUCCUGCGAGAUCCCGCCAAGCACGGAGUCAAGGCACGUAUCAAGGCCACCAGCCGGGCUGAAGCCGGACCCUACGUCAACUCACACGAGCUCAUGGGAUACUACGAGAUAUGUCCAAAUAUCAAGUCCGGUGCAUGGACCCGGGUGUUUGACCAAGAAGCCAAGUGCCCGUACGCCUACCAUGGGGACCAGUGGAUUGGAUACGAGGACGAGGAAAGUGUAUCCAACAAGAUGGAUUUCAUCAUCGGGGAAGGGUACCGUGGGGUCAUGGUCUUCAACAACGAUCUUGACGACUUUCGAGGAAUCUGCGGACCCAAAAACCCUCUCAUGACCGCCAUCUUCAACAAAGUGGGCGAAAAAGAGCUGCGGAAACUCAACAUUACCCAAACUUGAAACCAAAGACGCACGAAAUAAACAAAAUAAACUUCAGAGGGAAUGACGUCUUCCCUUGUCCUUCAGCAGUCUC